CAAAGAACAACAAUGAGUUUUCACACAUAGAAAAGAAACAGCGGUGAAUUAAAAAGGAAAUCAUUUGCUGAUGGAAGGGAUAUUUUCAUGAAACCGACCACAGAUGAAAGAUGUCCUCUCUCUGAAGAGCCACACACACUGAACGCUGUCUUCUAGCAGGACGUGAAGACAUCUACAGAACCAGGUCAGUUUACUGUCACACAGGAAGUGAAGAAGGAGCAGACGCACAAAGACAAACAGAGUCGACGAGAGAACAGCCACCAUGAGAGUCCUGCUCAUCACCAGCCUGCUCCUCACAGGUGUGUGGUGCAGCAGAAACACAGUGUUUGUGUACAGCCGAGUUGGAGGCGACGCCCUCCUGCCUUGUUCCGGCCUGGUUUCCUCAGACUGCUCCCUCGUCUCCUGGACCUUCUACAAGGGCGCUGACGUGCGUUACACCCAUGAGGUCACAGAGGGCCGAGUGAGGGCGGAGUCAGACAAGAGCGAGCGCAUGUCCAUCACAGCCGACUGCUCUCUGCGCUUCCGUGACCUCAGGGUCGCUGACGUCGGCUCCUACAUCUGCUUCCAGGACGGAAACUCCAUCAAUAACGUUUACCUCUCUCUCCUCGCCAUCACUGCUCUCUCCGGGAUCCCAGACCUGCAGCCGGGAGGAGACCUGGUCCUGAGCUGCAUCCUGUUCUCUUACUACGACACCGGGAGCUGUCAGCCGUACUCCACCGAGUUCAGCCUCAGCUGGGUGACGGAGGCCGGGGCCGUGCUGCCCACAGAGAGCAGGUACGAGCUGAUCAGCAGCACACGCUGCAACAUCACCCUGGUCACAAAACUCCGGAGGGAAGACAACCACAGGAAGUGGAGGUGUCAGGUGAACGCCACAGGAAACAGCAGGGCGGCCUUUCAGGACUUCACGUCCAGCUUCCUGUUCCAGAAUCCGUCCACAGACCAAGAGCUGACUCCCCCGUCGCUCACGGUCUGUCCAGAGCAGCUGCACAUCAGCCACAUCGUGCUCUGCGUGGCUCUGCCGCUCAUGGUGAUCACGGUGGGGUUCUUCACGUGGAGACGAGACCGUGACAGAACCAAAACAUCUGCAGCUGAAAUCCAGCUGCAGGAAAUGAGCUGAAGCCGAUCACUGAAGCACAAGGUUCAUUGAAUCAGGAUCUCACCCAGAAACUGGACUGAACAGACAGAGAAAGAGACGGGGGGGG